AAGAAUAUAUCAUAGAGCAUGCAUCGAUGACGACGUCAUGACCGUGUCGUGGUUUUGUAGUCACCAUCUCCUCUCGGUUGGUCGUUCGGUCUACUGUGACGGAUUUCCGUGAUGCGAGUGCACGCGUAUUCACUCGAAAGAGCCAACGACGAAAAUUACAGCAACGGCAAGGGCGGUAGAAGCCCGGCACGUAGCGACGCGGCGCGCCGAUGCUUCCCGGGAAUUCGAGUCGAUCCUUACGUUGAUCGUCGAUACUCACGGCACAUACCUAGGUGACACGGUGGAGUGGCAGUCUCGAGACCACGACGAUGACGACGACGGCGACGCACGGCGACGGCGACGAUGGCAUUCAUAGCCCUGGUGUAUAUACGUGUGUUGCUACGCGCGCGUGUGUAAAGUCGCUCCGCGAGAAUAUUUUUUUGUGUGCGUGCUAUUCGUUUGCUCGCUCGCGCCCGCUUGUGAGCUUCCUUCUGGGAACAUAGUUGCGUACGGAAUAUAUAUAUGUGUGUGUGUGUGAGUGCGCGCGCGCGUUCGCUCCACUGUAUAUACAUACACGUGCGCGGACCUCUUGCAUUGUGUGUCAGUGACUCUCCAUGCUCUUGGUGGAAGUAAGUGAGGUAGUUCCAUCGCUGUCACGAGCAUCCACUACCUGCCCUAGGAGUCUUACUAUACGAUGCCUAUAUCGUCUCUCGUCUAUUUAUACGACGACCAUACACGACUCGUAGUUGCCUCUUCUCCCUCACCUUUCCUCAAUCACUCCUUUAAUCUUCUCUCUCUCUCUCUAAUAAACACAUACACACACUCUCUUUCUCUCUCUUUAACCCUCUUCCCCUUUCUUCCGUUUCUCUCUUGCUCUCUAUUUCUCUCUCUCUUCCUUUUUUCUGCUCUUUCUCAUAGUUUCUCUGUCUCUUGCUUGCAUUCACUCUGCUGCCCCACCAGGUUUCCUCUUUCGUAUCGGCUCCCUUUCUCCCACCUCUCUCCCCACGUCUUUCUCUUCUUCUGCCUCUCCUCUCCCCUCGGUUCGUGACGACAUCCGCGAACGAGCAAGCGACUCGGCUCGAGUCGCCUCGAGUCGAGCCGAGAGAGCCGCGCGCCGAAGUCCGCCGUACACCCUCGUACUUACGUACACGCGGAAUGUGCCGCCAGGAAUUCUCUCUCACAAUGGAUUUAUUGUGUUAGUGAGUAAUAGCGGCGUGUGCGCGAUAGUGUAUCGUGUGAGACGACCAGAAGACGCUGACCAGGACGACAACGACGAAGACGACGAUUACGAAUUACGAUUCCGACUACUACGACUACUACGACGCCUACGACGACUUCAACGACGACGACCAAGAGGACGACGAACAGAAAGAACGUGCGCGUCCGGCUUAACUCACGAGUCAAGAUGGAGCUAGUAGACGUGGACAUUGACUAGAGUUACAAGAGAAUUAAGAAAGAAGAGAAAAGUGUUCGCCUAAGAAGAGAAUUUUCGGAGGAGGAUGCUCGGCAGUUGGGGCUGGGAAGAAGAAUUGGAGUUGGGAGAGGGAACAGCAACCCUGUCGCAAGAUAGACAAAGACGAGAAAGCCCAGACUCGACGCAUCCUGUCCCCGACAGCCGGGUGCUGAGGUAUGCACCCAGCCGGUGUCACCACCCUCCCAGCUUCAACUCGCCACAUUUCAGCACACAGCCUCCUCUCGACUGUACGGACUCGUGAGGUGGUCAAAAUGCUGACUGCUCACUCUGAGAUGCACGAAAAACGGGAUCCCCUUGGAAGCGGACAAUAUGGAGCAGGCGGGGGUGGUGGAGGCAGUUUGAUCGAAGAAAAAUCUACUCCGGAACAGCCACCCCCGCCGCCGGCGCCUCCUCAGCGGGAUCCAUCGGAUCCAACGAUCAGUGCUAAGAAACUUCCAAAGAAACGAAAGUUUGAUCCAUCGGAGCUCGAGGAGAUGGAUAAAACCAGCAAUGUAACGAGAACCAUAAAUAAUAUAGUGAACAUACGGACACCGAAUAUGCCACUCGGUCAAUCAGGUUUAGUUCAGCAGGCAACCUUAGCAACUCGGCAAUCGCCGCAGCAGCAAGAAUCCGAUUGCUAUCAGGUACAGGUAUCCUCGGCACAUUCGGUGGUAGUUUUACCGCCUCAAAGUACAGCAGUGGAUUAUUCUGUUCGAGAGGAAUCUUUACGUUCUCGUCCUCGGCCUGCUACUGUUGCUAUUGAUCUCAGUGAGUGGCGCGACCACAGAGUGUUAGCUUUAAGGGAUUCAUAUUAUUAUCCAGGUGUUAUUCGUAAUGUUGUUCAAGGAGAAAUUUACAUAGAGUUUGACGGAGAAAGAAAACUAAUGCGUUACACUGACAUUUUGGGCGCGGGGAGGUACGAUGUGAUAGGUGAUGCGAGCCCUUCGGUUGGCCAAGUGACUUUAGAUGCGAAAGUUUGUAUUAGGUGUCCAACGUCAAACAAUCAUAUCGAUGCUGCUAAAGUGUUUGUAAAAGGGACAGUGUGCAAAAUUUUAACCAAACCUAAGCGUUUUGUUGUUAAAAUACCAAGGGAAGAUGAUCAAAGUGAUAGUUAUGUUGUGAAACGUGCGGAUCUACGGUUAGUGCAACCCCCAUGGUGGGACGAGCUAGAAGAAGGAUUGGAAGACUGUGAUUCUUCGAGGGUCGAAGGAAUUGAACAUGGCUAUCGAAAUUCUUCAGAACCUUCAACAGCAGUGCCAAUUUUGCAACUUCAUCACACUUCUCAUCAUACAUCUCAUAUAUCAACUCAUAGCGACACAGGUGGUUAUUACAGAACUACUGGUACUAGCCCUCUCAUGACUCUAGCCACCUCUGCACAUCCUGCCACUACAGCAUUAAGUAAUGGAAGUCGACCGUAUGAUGAUUUAGAAAGCGAAGAUGACUUGGAUAGGGAAGAUAUUACAUUCCCUUCGGAUGCAGAUGCAAAAUUGUCAGGCAGCAGUAAAAGAAGCAGCAUGCAAAGUCGGGGAAGUACCAGUAGUUUAGUCGAGCAACGCAGUAUAACUCCUCGUUCUCAAGCAGCCACGCCCAGAUCUCAGGCGGCAACGCCACAUAGAUAUAAAAAAGGUGAUGUAGUGGCUACACCAAGUGGAGUUAGAAAAAAGUUCAACGGUAAACAAUGGCGCAGACUCUGUAGUAAAGAGGGAUGUUCUAAAGAAAGUCAACGAAGGGGAUACUGUUCUCGUCAUCUUAGUUUGAAAGGUUCUUGUCUUAGAGGUCCAACCAAUACCUUUCCUGGUGGUAAGAUGGAUGGCGAGGAAACAUCUCGAGAUUCUGACACUUCUCCAAAUUAUGGAGAUAGAAGAAUCGCUGGUCGAUUUGAUCAAGACGAAACUGAAGCUGCUAAUAUGCUAGUUUCCUUGGGAAGUUCUAGAUCAGCAACACCUGCCUUUUCCUCGCCAACUGGACAAUCGUCUAUAUCUCCUUGUAUCAAUCAGUCUCCAGUACCACCUUUGGGAUUGAAUCAAAACAAUGUGUUUAUGCCUAUUUCAAGUCCUGCUCAUCAUGCAACUCCAUUAAUUUCGCCUGGUGCAAAAUGGAAACAUUCACCUACUCAAUCUACUUUCCUUACUCAGUAUCAGCAGCAGGUGAUAAAACCUGAACCUAAUCGGGUGGUUAGAUCAAAUCGACCAGCGCCGACUGCCCCAGUCCCUGCUAGUAUAGGAACAAGCGUGAUAAGAAUCUCUCCUGUGAGUCGUGGAAUACCUGGAUCUAAUUUAACUUUGUCAUGGUCGGAACAAAGCCCACCGCCGCGGCAUCCAUCAGUUGUGACGACUAUAGCUCAACAACAGCAAGGCAUCAUUCUUCAACAUGCACUCACAACAAACAAUGGCUUUUCCAGUCACUCUGAAAUAUCUGAACAAAACCCGCAAAUAUUGAAACCAUCUCAUUCACCUCAUAUGCCACUGUCUGCACCAACACCACAAAACUUGACUCUUUUGCAUAAGCCUUUAGAACAACCAGUUGAUUAUGCUCAACCACAAACGCAAAAUCAACCAAUAUAUGUGAUGCAACAUCAACACGAAAAAAAGUAUCUUGUGAUCAAAAAUAGUAUGGAUGUGUCUGCAGCAGGCCAUAUAAACAAUCAAGAUGAUAAAUAUAGACCAGCAUUAAUGAAUCACUUAGGUCAGCUUCCAGCAACGUUACAUCAAACGCAAUGCCAACCUCCACAGUCACCUGCUGUUUCGUCCGUCCAUGUUGAUAAAUUAUCCGUUUUACAAGCGAGUAAAGUAGCUACACAUGCAUCUUCUCAUAUGGAUAUGCAGAGAGCGCAACCACCACCUACGAGCGUUGUGAUGACAACCACUACUGAAGCUUCAAACCCGCCUACCCCAACAAGUGUCUUCCAGCAUGUAAUUGUACAACCCGCGCACUUGGUACAAAUUUCUAAAACACAAUCGUCUAGGGAAGAAAAUUCUAAAAAUAAUGGAGUUCUGUAUGGCAACCAUGAUGUACCACCUGCAUACCAGCCCCAUCCCCCAUCAUUACUGAACAAUGCAGUGCGCAACUGGAAAAAAGCUUUCCCUUGGCAGACAACGGUACUGGAUCAGUCAGAAGUAAGUCCUCCACCAUCUGCAUUAAGUCCACCUUUGAGUGCGCCUCCAAUUCCAAUUGGCAUGAGUACGCCUGGUGAAGAUGGAUCUGGACCGGGUCCGGAUCCUAUAACUCCCGCUGAAGAAGAAGAUGACGAUGUUUUUGAAACAGAACCGACAACUCCCGUAGAAGUUGAAGCUAAUGCUAAUAAGAGACGCAGUCAGUCCCUUAGUGCAUUGCAUUCUAAAGAGCCUCAGAGUCCACUUAAAACUAAAGACAGAAUACGCCGACCGAUGAACGCAUUUAUGAUUUUUUCUAAACGACAUCGUGCAGUGGUGCAUCAAAGACAUCCGAACCAAGAUAAUCGUACUGUGUCCAAGAUAUUGGGAGAGUGGUGGUAUGCCUUAGGUCCAGAAGAAAAACAAAAAUAUCAUGAUCUUGCAUCGGAGGUGAAAGAAGCACAUUUUAAAGCGCACCCAGAUUGGAAAUGGUGUAGCAAAGAUAGACGGAAAUCUUCAACGACAAGUUUCAAAGGUAGCGAAUCCCGAGGGAAAUUGAACAGUACUGGGGAAGAAACAGACACGGGACCACCGGCAGACGAUGUACCAUUAACGCCAAGAGCUACAGACGAAAUUACUGUUCCCGUUACUACUGUAUACAAUGAAGCUCCCACGAUCGAUGUUAUCAAUCAGUCACAUACUCAUAGGAUAAUGGAAAUGCCUCUGCCACUUGAAAAUACAGAACCUGAUUUAAAACAGGAGGAAGAUGGUAAUGCAUCAGACGAAGAUCAAAUGGUAAUCUGCGAAGAUCCACAACCUGAAAUAGAUUUAAAGUGCAAAGAUAAACUAACAGAUAGCGAUAAUGACGUACAAGAUGACGAUGCUGAAAAAAAAUGUUACACACAAUCACGAUUUUCACCUGUAAGCGGUCAGAAGAGGGAAGCAAUGAAUGUUAAACAAGAAGUAACCUGUAGACCUAAACCGAUAAAAGCACGAAUACCUUCAACAGGUAUUGAGACAACAACAAAGUAUCAUCAUACUUCUAUGGAUAAAGGAGGAAGCGUUUCGGUUCUAUCCAGCACAUAUCCUUAUCAUAGUCCCGUCAAUCCGACUGGAGUAUCAGGUUUUCAACCUACUGGUGGGGCUUUUAUUACCAUGCCAAUAUCUCCAAAAGUUGUUAAACCAGAACCAGUGAAAAAUGAACAACAGUAUAGUACCCAAUAUAGUAUGAGCAAUUUGGUAGCAAGCAUUCAUGAGAAUGGAAGAAAUAUGCCUAAAUUUACGGCUGCUCCGGUAUUACAUUCCAUUGGAUCGAAACCUAUGAUGGCUCUGUUUAAACAACAGCAGCCGUUGCAGUCUUUAGGCACUAUUCUUCGCCCCCUUACUUCAGCUGUCCCUUAUCAACCAUCGUUCACUCUAACAUUGCUCGAUAACGAUUUGGUGGCUGUUUCCAAACCGCAGCAGGGAUCGCAGUAUCUUGGUCCAACAUCACCUCAUCCCCGGAUGUACUGUGGAUUCAAUAUACCAAUCUCUGACGCUGGCAAUCGCAACAUAUCCUCACAAGGUUUAGUUUCUGGUAAUAAGAUGGAAACCCAAAGUGUCAUAGUGAGCAAACCAUACUCGGUUUCAACAACUUCUACUACAUCGACUUAUCGAGGAAUUGGUCAUUCAAUAACACGUCUUGCAGAAUCAGAAAAAAGUGAAAAUCAAGUAGGGAAUAAUCAUGCCCAGUUUUAUGUAACCAAUGUAAAGUCUGAUCAGGAAAGAAAAGAUACCGUGAAUAUUCUUCUGCCUGCUACGAAUGAUAAACAUAAACAGCCAUCUACUCCACAUACUCCCCAUACACCACUCAGUAACCAUGGUAGUACUGAAAUUUCCACAAAUAAAUCAUAUUCCAUGGAUGAAACACAGCUUAAUGAUAUAGGCCCAAGUAAGGGUCCUUUUAUGCUUGCUCCAACUCCGGCACAGCUUGGCCGAGCACCGUUACAAAGGAGACAAUCAAUGGCAAUGCCUCCCACAUCAACUGCAGGAGACCAUGGGCCUCUGGUGUCUCAACAUUGUGACAAUCGUCCACAAACGAACACAUCUCAAGCGACAGAGCAAAUACAGCAACAACAAAAUUUCUCAGAAUCUCAUGCUUCCCCGUCACCAUCUACUAAAAAAGGUUCUUUCUUCAAGAAAAAUGUUGAAGAUGGAAUGGACCGAGUUCUCGAGCAAGUGAAUUUCCAAGAAAAAUUCUCGUCCUUACCAGAAUUUAAACCAGAAGAUAUACAAAGUCCAAGUGCAAUCAGUAUCAAUACCGCGGGUUCCUGUGGUCAUGGUUCAGUAGUAACGUCUGGCUUACAUGCUUCAAAUUUACAGUCGUCAAUGCAAAUACAAAGUUAUCGAAAAAAAUCUGCACAAGCACCUCAUAGGCCCACAAUGAAUGAGGACGACAUCGAAUCAGAUACGUCAAUAUCUGCUACUCCAAAAUCAACUUCCAGUGUCAAAUUGACAGGAAACACGUUCUUUGGUCCAGAUUUUAAUGUUGAUGCAUAUAGAACUAACACUGAUCUAGUGGGAGAUGUUGAUGCUAGCUCUCCUAGGACACCAAAAACGCCUGGAGGAGGUGCUGGAAACUCUGUAGGAAUUGGCAGGAGCGAAAAUGACCGGGGUCAUAGGAAAGUACUAGAGCAACGUCGACACCUUGUAAUGCAAUUAUUUCAAGAACACGGUUACUUUCCUUCAACGCAAGCUACUACAACUUUUCAAGCAAAACAUUCAGAUAUAUUUCCUAAUAAGACAAGUUUGCAAUUAAAGAUUAGAGAGGUCAGGCAAAAAUUAAAAGCUAACUCAACACCUAUGAGUGCUAACAGUCUAGUGAGUCCACUACCUGUCUCUGAACCUUCACCUAACAUAACUGGACCAUUGACUGCUCCCCCUACGUCGAUGGGAGCUCCACAUAUACUGCCUGUAAGCAGUAGUGGUAGCUAGCGCCCACGUGCCAACUGUGAUACUAUGCAUCCACUUACUCCACAGCAUGAGUACAUCAUUAUUCAUUGAAAGAAGGAAAGUUUUUAUCGAAAAAAUUGUUGAUGUACAAGUUUUAGCGAGUUGUAAAGUGCUGCAAGGCUUUAGUGCAAUUCGAACUUUGAUGUAACCUGGUGCAGGUAACUUAGACAGGCAUAUCAAGGUGAGUUUGAUGUACACAUAUCAGUAAAAUCUUAUUGUAUAUAAAACUGAAGAAAUAUUGAGUCGAAUGUUUCUCAAGAUUACUAAUGUUGACUUAAAUGCGUGUUCGAAUAUCUGUGUUCCAUUGGAAUAAUAACAUGUAAAAUGUUGGUGUGAUUAAGAAUCUACUGUAUUUUAGCAACGAUAUAACGUUCACUAGAAAGUUAAAAGCUCAACUUACAGGCUUAAUCAUAUUAUCCUGUUUAAUAAUGAAACGAGGAAGGAAUAAUAGAAUCACAUAAAAUAACUGUUUCGAAAUAUGUAAUUCGAAAAAAAGAGCUUUCUUCUAUCAGAAGAAAAGACAAUACUCUUCUGUAUUCUAAAUCUAAAGAUGAUUUAUGAAAUGGUAAUAUAGAAGUGAAGAAAUUAUUUUACUACAUUAUAAAAUCACAACUCAUAGUUGUACAGUACCAAACGUACAUGACCGAUAUUUGUACAUCGAAACACCUUGCAAGGAUUAUGGAAGGCCUAAGCCAUUGUUAAACAUUGUUAAAAAUACUAUGAGAUCCAAGUAGAAAGAAAAAAAGGAGUAUGCAUGAUAUAGAAAAUGAAGUUUCGCGUGAGUGUAGGAUGUGUGUGGGUGUUUUUGUGAGAAAGAGGAAGAGAAAAACGUAAUCAGAGAGUAUUAGAAUUAAUGAAGCAUUAUAAGAUGAAAUCAGAGUUUAUAUACUUUAGUUAUACUUUAUAUAUGAUAUAGAUGAAAAAGAAAACUAUAGAAGAAAGAAAGAACUGCGAUAAACAUUGCACAAAAUUUAUGUAAUGCAGUCUGCAGAUAUGUUUAUUUUACUUGUAAAUACUAUGGCAUGACUUGGAGUGGAAGAUAUCUGGAGAGUUUAAAGUAUCUAUGAUGCUGUGUCUGACAAUUUUAAGACGGAAGCAUUCUUUUGGUGAUUCAUAGAUUAUUAUAAUGGAGAUAAAAAUCGUGCCAUUGUGCGGCGACAAACAAGGGAAUGCAUGCGUAAUAAGAAGUCCCUUAAUAAUAAAGAAUUAAUUGUUAGACCCCAUUUGAUAGGUAAUAUGUAAUAUGUUUACAAUAUUCUCGAAAGUACUUAUCUACUGUUUUUAGAACUCUGCUCAAAUUCAACGCGUUUGAUUUACGUUUUAUAAGCAUUUUAAAGUCAAUCUGCUUUUUUCUUUACUUCUUUUCUCUUUUUUCCUUUUGGCCAAUUUAGAUGUAAGCGGUUUUAUGAAGGCCGUAUUUUUUUUCUGUUUUUUUUUCUUUUUUUUUUUUUUUCUUUUUUUUUUUUGGCCAUGACAAGUUAUUUGCUUUUAUCUUUAGCAUGCUCUAAUUAAAUGCGUAUGUGAUCUAAUGGAAAAUAUAAUUGCAAAUAAAUAAAAUUUUGAUACUAAUAUCAAGCACCAAGCUAAGAAAAAAGUUGUCGAGGAGGUUUAUUGAAUAUGUUGUUGCAAUUCAAAUUUUGUUACUACGCUUUUAACAGAAAUCGUUGUUCAUUAUGAAAAUUAUAUAUAUAUAUACAUAUUUCGUUUAUUUUAGCGCAUUUUAUCGGUCAAAUGUAUUUUUACGUUAUAGAGAAAUAUUCAUAUCUUUAGUGGAAACGCGUUGAAUUUCAACAGAAAUUGUUGAAUUUGGCUGUAAAAUAGAUUAUGUAAUUAGUGAUAUGUUUAUAAAAAAAAGCGCACCUUGAAAGGUUUAAAAGUCUCGCGCCACGGCACGCAUAUUGUAGUUAGGAUAGGAACAAUGUCUAUUCUACAUAUUUUGUAAAUAGGAAAAAUAUACAAUAUACUGAAUAUAUAUAUAUUAUAUAAAAAUUAGGAUACAUCCGAAACGGUAGAGUAGAGCAUUGUAAUUUGUAGAAUAAUAAUUAUAAUGAAAACGCAGGCAGGAUUAGGAUAAAACAAAAAAAGAAAAGAUUUAUAGAUUGUGGGCCUUCAGAUAUGAACUGUUGCACACGGAAUGGUCCCCCAACCCUCCUCCAAAGUUAACCCUUUCCUAAAGUGUUAGGAUAUUAUUAUUUGUGUACACACACGCGCCCGUGCGCGCGCACGAAAUUACAUUACUCUCUUACCAUUUCUUGAUUAUUGUUUUUUUUAUAGAGCGUUAAACACACUGGUGGCAAGCGAUUACCGAAGAGAAGAGACACUUGAAAUCUGCAUUGGUCACUCCUGUGAACAAUACUUUGAAAAAGUUUUGAUUUCUUUUUAAUAUGAAGUUUCUUCUCUCUGUCUGUCUGUCUCUGUCUGUCUGUCUGUCUUUCUCUUUUUCUCUCUUUCUCUCUCUCUCUCUCUCUCUCUCUCUCUCCCUAUCUAUCUAUCUCUAUCUCUAUCUCUAUCUCUAUCUACUUAAAAGUAUAUUUAUUAUGUAAAAAAUGUAAUUUAGCGAUGAUAUUUACACAUUUAUUAGACAGCUUUAUUAGAAAUCAUAUAUUCCGUGUUCAUAUCACAUCUUUUAGACAAUGUUACUCUUCUUAUUUACCGCGUCACUUUUAUCAGAAUUAGUACUCAGAGAAAAAUUUUAAAAUCGUUUAUAAUAGCACAAAUUAUCUCAAAUUCAAUAUCUUUUAACGUUCGUUUUAUAAAUACUACAUUAUUUAAUCAAAAGGAAUAUUUUAGGUAUAAUAGCUUUAUCUUUUUUUUUUUUUUAAAUAUCUUUGUUUUAAAAGUUGUGGUUAUCACGAUAUUUUAUAUGAAUCAUGUAAUCUAAUUUAUAAUUUACAUAAAUGAAAGUGAUAAAAUAUUUCUCACGUUACGGAUAUUUAAAAAAAGAAGGAACAUUUUAAUAUAUCUGGCUUUUUCUGGAAUGAUCACAUUGUUUUUUGAAUAGCUUCUUCUUGUAUACAGGAAUGGACGUUAACAGAGAUUGAGUGUCUCUAAGUACUUGCCCCUUUCAAAGAAUUUAAAUGAAAUAUUAUAUUUUGUACUUGUGUAAACUAGUGAACUAUCUUUCCAGUAUUGAUAAGAUUUUGAAGUUACUUUUCAUAUUUUCUUCCCCUUUCCUUCUUUUCUCUCUUUUUUUGUUAAAAAAUAUUGGUGACGAAAUAUGUUCCGUGAUUUAGCAGCCAUACAUGUGACUGUGAUUUAGGAAAACAGAAGUAAAGUAAAGUGGCGGCUACUCUACUGGCAUUUUCUUCACCACAUUAUAUCUAUCUUCCCAAUUCCUCCCUCUGAAUCCUUUCUCUAACAUUGUGUAAAAUGAACGCACUUGAACAAAUCCUAUGUACCUACUUCCUCAUUUUGUUUUCCUCUCUUUUUUUAUUAUUCUCAUUACUUGUAAUAAUGUAUUUUUAUUAUGUUCUAAGUUGCUAUUCAUCUAUUAUAGUCAUUCUAUUAUUCCUUGUUUAAUUCUGAAAUAUUUUUAAAUCUGUUAUAUGGUAUAUAAUAUCAGUCACGGAAUAACGUUAUGAAACAGAAUACCGAACAUAGGAAAAAUAAUAAAUGAUACACAUAGAAGCAAUGAAAAUGGCUCUGUGUAGAAAGCAUACCAUGAAUCUUUGUUAUGUACAGCAUCGAUGCACUGUACUGAGGAAAAUACAUACCAUGUACGUGCGUAGGUAAUAAAAUGUAAUCAUAUGAAAAAAAAAAACAAAAAAAGGAGAAAAUAUUAAAGACAUAGUGAAAUAUUUGACAAUUUGCAAGUGCAAACAUAUACACGAUACAUAUGCAUAUGUACAUAUGCAUAUAUACAUAUAUAUAAAACACAUUAUAGGAACAAUUGGCUGAGGCAUUAAAAUCUGUCCGAAUCUGCGCAUUGCCGUUUGCAAAUAGCAGACAUAUAAAAUUCUAAAAAUAUUCUUCUUAGUACUUUCGAUACGACCGCAUGUUUAAAAAUUAAUUUUCAAUUCUAAUCGGCGAAAUACAGGAACUAAGCUAUCUUCUUAAAAAUAUCUUAACGAAAAAAUAACGUUAUCAGCACCAUAUUAUAAAUUAUACAUUAUGAUACUCGAGAUAUAAAUAUUGCAUUUUCAAAAUCAUAAAAUCGCACGAAUGAAAUUCUGUAACAUAUUUAAUAUAUGUAUAAUUAUAUGUGUAAUUGAUUUUCUCUCUGAAUUGAUCUCUCUCUCUCUCUCUCUCUCUCUCUCUCUCUUUUCAUUUCUUAGUUUUAAAUUAAAAAUAUUCUCACAUUUUUCGAAUAUGCAGAAAAUAUUGGUAAAUAAAUAUUUUUCUGCUACAAUAGAUCAAAUUAUAUCUUUUAUCAAUUUUUAAGUAAUUAUCAAUUUACAUCUUUUAGCACCUAAUUACUCUUGGAAAUUGUAUAAAAGAGGAAAAUGAAAAUACAUAAGUGAAUGCUAAAAAUGAAAAUAGCAAUUUUAUAAGUUUCAAGAAUGCAUUCAAAUUUAUGAUUUAUGAUUGAAAUUAUGAAAGAAAUGUUAAAUAAUUCUAAGUAAAAAAAAAAAUAACAAAUUUUAAAUAAGUUAUAUUACAUCAAUUAUAAGCAACAGUUGCAUUAUGCAUAUUUAUGCAUAUUUAUACAUAUGGUGUUUUAAAUCUUAAUUAUACUUAAAGUUGAUCAAUUCCUAUAUUUAACAAUACUAAGUAGUAUUUGAAAAUUGCAAGAAUCGACAACGAAUACUAUUAUCAAUUUACCAUUUGUAUCUAUUUCAUUAAUUUACAGAAGAAUAAAGAAAAUAAAAUGCGCUUGUUAUGUAAAGAGUGUGUAAAAAGUAAGUGUAAAAGCCAUCAUAGGGGGAUUCCACACGUUUGGAUCGGCGAAGAUUUCUAAAAAAAAAGUUCGUGCAAAAGUCACUUUGAGCUUGAAAUUCAAAGUCAAAUUUUGUUGUUGCAUCAUAUUCUACUCAUCACGAGGAUCAAACGUUUUAACAAUCAACGAGCAUCAAUAUGUAUAUAUAUAAAAUGUAUAUAUAUAUAUAUAUAUAUAAAACUGAUCUUAUUUAUAAUAUAUUUACGUUUCAUAGCCAAAUACAUGAUAAAUGGCAUCUACCGUUACACGUAGAUAUUUUUCUUUCUUUCUUCCUUUUCGAAUCUGCAUAAUAGCCGUGCUAACUUUCGUAUGGCCAUCACUUUAACACGUUGUUCGAACAGCCCAGGACUCGCGUUUCUACAUUUCGGCCAAGUUUCUCCCUAAGAUUACGCGUUGGUUCUAGACGAUAUUCAAUUCGAUAUUUUAAUUCAUUGUUCAACGGAUAUAAUCCGCUCAUCUGAACUGAAUUGAUCCAAUCGUAAGAAAUCACGACGACCUGGAACUUCUGAACCGCGGUGAUCUUUCAUUAUUCUUUGCCGAUUGUCGAUCUGUUGUUUCACGCGCCAGAGAAUAAUUGACAGCGGCUUCGUCAAUAGCACGCUAUUUGCCUGAUCGCAAAAUGCAAAUAUAUUAUGAGUAAUAUCAGUUUUAUAUAGGAUGUACCGAAUACAGAGUAUCACGCGUAAAGUGAUAAUUUUUGAUACAAGGCUUCGUUUUCGAGAAAAUCAGUUAUGAAGCUGCAUCUAUUUCAUUCUCGUUGCUUUUCAACUGCACACGAUGAAAUUUCAUAGUUGGUUUUCAACAAUCACCAUUCUACAUUUUCGACUUACCUUUGCAUGCCGAAUCUCCGCCUCUCGGCUUGUACAACGAUUUUCGGUACACGUACAUAUAUACAUACACGCGUACAUAUAUGGAAUUAAUAAUAAAACUUUAAUAAUCUUCUCCAAGAGAACAACCGAGUGCGACUCGUGGUUCCCUUGAGGCGUUCGAUCCUCGUGACGAGUAGAAUACGAUGGAAUAGAAAAAAUUUAAUCUUGAACUUCAACGUUAAGUUCAAUUCUGUAGGAAUUUUUUUUCGAAUCUCUACCGUUCCAAAGAUGUAGAAUUCCGCUAUGGUAUUUUCCAAACUUACCUUUUGUACAUCUUACACGAGUUGUUUCAAAAUGUAAAUUUAAAUCGAACAAAAUUCCACAAUAUUUUAUGUUUCAUAUUUCUAAUUAAUUUUUAUACAAGAAAUUCUUUCUUUCAAUUCUCAAUAGGAUCGUGUAUACUAAAAGGUAUACAUAAGACUCGCGAACUGUAAAUAUAUGAACAAAGAGUAUGCAAACGAUCUGGACGCGAUUGGCAGAUUUUAAAUCCGAUGCCCUUAUACGAGAACCACGUACGUGUUGGACCAAAUUUGCCAGUAUGGCCACAUUUUGUGUUACAAAUAUGUUACAUUUCCUGAAGAACGAUAUGGACGAUAUGAGACGUUAGUAUAAGAAGAAAGUAAGACAGAAUUUGCAGUGUAACAUUUGCGACGGACAUGUAUUUACGUGGCGGCGAGCUUUUGAAAAGAUAUACACACGUCUUUGACGAGAAUAUCCUUUAAAAGAUAAAAGAUACGUAUGUAUAUUGUAUAUACGCGUAUUUAACACUAAAGGAAUAACGAAUCAGCGCGAACAACAGUUGGUUGCCAUUCCUUUUUCUUCUUUUGAUCAUUUAACGAAUUAUGGUAUCCAUAAUAGUUUCGAAAGAAUUACGUGAAUAAACGAUAUCAUUUUUCUAGAAAUAUGAAUAGCUUAUUGACAACAGCGUUGAAUAUUUAACAAACGAAAUUUCCUAUUUUCACUUCACUACAAAAUUUUCCAACUUGUCUGUAAUCUGUAUAAUGUCCUGUUCAAGAAUAAAGGAAAUUGAAAUCGGCCAUAGUACGCAAGAAUAGCUACCGUGAAACUUCAGAAAGUGCAGUCGGUUGUAUCGUCUCGUUAACGAUUCGGUUAACGUUAUUAUUUUCACAAACGAGUAUAAUUAUUUGCAAAUUCUUCACUUUUUAAAGAGGAACGCUUCCCCAUGUUUCAUUUAAAAUGAUAGUUUGUUCUUAAGAAGAAUAGUAAAACACGGACAAAUUUUCUUUUUUUUUCUUCUUUCUUUCCUUCUUAACAUGGUCGUUUCGUGGAAACUGUUUAUUAAUUUUUUCCAAGAUAAUCUAACAUGAAUAUCCCUUAUGAAAAGGUAAUAAAGGGAUCCGUGACUUUCAACACGAUUCAUUUUUAGCGCGAGAGAAGAUAUAAAGAUGUCUUUAAAUCUAGGAAUAUUUAUUACUUAUACGUAACAAAUUGUGCAAUGUUACAUCGUUCUAAGGUGUAAAAAAAAUGUCAUUUAUAUAUUUAUGGCAUUCAUGCUUCUUCGAAGAAUUCGUAAGUUCAUUUUGGCGAUGAUAUUUCCAAGUAUAUAUUGCUGUAUUUAAAGCAAUCGAGACUGAAUUUCAUUUUGUUCAGCGAUACAAACCGAAUUACGAAUCGACGAUAAAACGUUCACUGUCUGCGGUAUCCUCUAUUAACCGUACAAGAACAACACGAAUAAACAUAAACACUGGCUUUUUAUACACGUAAAGUGUUUUGUAUUGCUUUCCGUACGUACAUCUCAGAAAACUUGAAGAAAAGUCGAUUAGCAUCGCAAACAAUUAUAUUAACACACCCCGUAAAUAAUGUAAUUUUCUGCCAAUAUACUUGGUCAAUCAGUAAUAUACUCUCUUUUAUUUCUAUUAUAUAAUUGUUGGCGUAGUAGAUAUCUUUCUACUUGAACUUUUCUAUCCUCUUUUCAUAAAAUUCCUAACCACGUAACGACAACUUCCAACGCUUUAAACUUAAUUGUCAGAAAAAUCGCAUUAUUUAUGGGAUGACCGACCUACAAUGUCAAAAUGUAAAAUAUUUUUAUCAGACAUGAAAAUUUGCUGUAUUUGUUUUAAAAAUGAAAAGUGAACGCAAAUGGCAAAAAAGAAGAAAAAGAACAA